AUGCUCACCAGAACCGAUACUCUAACUAAAUAUUUCCAAUGUAUGAUGGGUCAUUUUGCGAUGUCGACAAUUGUGAUUUUCGAUCAGACACCUUACCUUGAAGCUUCGACAGUUGGUGGUGUUCCAGUUACAGAAGAAUCCCGAAUAGGUUUCACCGUUUGUCUGGUGCUCACCAAAGUGGCAAUUAUUCUCGAGUUCUUCUCAAUCGCUUUGGGUCUACCGUCCAUUCCUCGCUCCGUUUUCGCGACGACUUCCCACACCGUUGCCACGUGUCUCUUUCUUUUAUUCAUUUAUGAUUCUCAUCCACCAUUUCACUUUUGGAUUCUAUUCGUGGUCUUCUCGCUUCCUUCCUGUAUUCUCGCUAUAAUUUCUUUGUUCAGAAAGGCGUCUGGACGUUGA